AUGAUUGAACGUUUUAAAGCGAUAUUCGUUCCUCAAAUUGUCAAACUUCAAGAUCUAGGAAAUAACAAUUAUGAUGAAUUCUUAUCACCAGUGGUAUUUGCUUGCAACAUCCGCAUCCAUGCAACGGCUAAUUAUUCACCAUUUCAACUACAGUUUGGCCGAGAACCACGUUUACCUACUGAUGAACCUUCAUCAUCAUUUACUUUCAAUAAACCAAAUGAUUAUUAUGUACAAUUGAAAAAAAAUCUGUUGAUAAUACAACAACACGCACGUGAUAAUAUUAUUCGUCGAUAA